UUACUUUGCUACGCCAUUCAACAGAUACUUUUUUUUGCUUUCACAUUGGAGAGAGCACAUAGCAUGCAUUUUUCCCUUUGUUUUUUCCCCCCUCUCUGUUUCCUCCUCACUGAGCUGCCAGCUUUCCGUUUUCAGCCAUGGUACUCUCCAUCUCCUCCGCAGCCUUUUCUCUCUCCUCUCUCCGAAAAUAAGAACAAGAGCAACUCUACGGUUCUCGCUCUCACCGCGUUUCACGAGAUGAGUUUUCCCAUCAAAAAUGAUGAUGAGCGGCGUGUAAUGGUUGGAGAAGUUGAGCGGCGGAGCUUGGAGGAGAAGCUGGAAUUGGAAGGAGCGGAAGACGAGUUGCCUGAACGUGGAAAUGGAUCGAAGAUUGCUUACACCAGAGCUUUGCUUCUGGAAUUUACUGAAGCCGAGGCUUGUCGCGAACUACCUGGAGAUUUCGACCUGUUAAUUCUGAGUGAACUUAAUGGAGGAGCUGGUAGUGCGUUGGAAAGCAAAAGGAUUACAGGCAAUUCAUCUCUUUUGGGCACAUCGCCGUAUACAGGCUUACAACACAGGGCAAGAUGGAACAACUAUUUGGUGAUGCCAAUUAAGGAGAGUCAUUGUCAAGGAAAUUGGGGUUCAGAAGAAAGUACUGUUGUGUGGCAGCAUUUACCUCAGGAAUGUAGGAACAAUCCUGUGGUUAAUGAUCAAAAGACCCCAGAUAGUGGUUCCUUCCAACUAAAAAAGAGUAAAAACCCAUAUCGUCCUCCACAUUGUAGCAAAAAAACCCCUCGGCCCUUGGAUUCUUCUUCUCAAGUUGGAGUCGAAUCCUCUGAGAGUUCUUCAUUUUCAGCAGAAGCAUCUUAUAGACAAAGUUCGACAGAUAGCGUCACAGGGAAUGAAGUCGUUUCUCCUCAUGAAAGACUUGAUGACUCGAUAAAACAACUUCAUGAAUGUGAAUCCUCUUCUAAUAAGAAUAAAGAAGUAAGUGAGGCAUACAGUGCCUAUGACAAGCUUGAGUUGCAGAUAAUAGACGAUAGCCAGCCCACAUUCGAAGAAUUUUGGGCCGACAUAUUAGAAAGCCUCCAGCUGCAGCAAGAGGCAGGGCUCAGACCUACACCAACCCCUGAUUCAGAUAAUGUGGUCUGUUUUCCUGACAAAGAUAGCUUGAUCUCAAGAGAUGACUCAUUAACACCUAAAGCUUUGAACUUCAACAUGUCGGAGAAUGAGUAUGAUGCCUCCAGUUCAGAAGAUGGCAUCAUUUGGCCGGACGAAAACAGCUUAAUUUCAGUUGAGGAUAUGCUAGGUCUUAACCUGCCACUCAAUGGGGAUUUUGUGGAAACCAGUAAGAUGACAUCAAAUGUGGAAGCUGAAAAUGGAAAUAGUUCGAGAUGUCUGAAUGAGAAAACCCAUUUUCAGCCAUGUCCCCGCCCAGGAAAUUACUAUGUGAAUUUUCCAACAAAAUCGAACUACAUGCCUUACAUACCUGCAACAAACUACUUUACCUGUUCCAAUUUUCUCCACCAAUCUUGUUUCAACAAUGCAAGACCUAACGAAUCCUUUGUCCAGUAUUCAAUGUUUCAGCAGCCAAAUGUCUGCCCAAGACAACAAACUCAACUUCCAGUUGACUUGCAGUUGAAUCCAGAGCAAACAACCUAUCUGGGCUAUGGAAAACCGAAUGCAGGAGGUUUUGUGGGUAACGAAGCAUCUAGCUUCUGGCAUGCUCAACACUGAAGAUUUUUUUUCUCCCUGUGGCUGAAGUUUUUCAAGUAUUGGGUGAAGUGUCAUUUUAUUGUGAGUAAAUCUAGCUUCGAAUUUCAGCCCCAAGCAAGUGUGUACAUAUACAUAUGAUCUCUUGCUUCUUAACAAAUAUGCAUAUACAGUAACACGGAUUGAAACACCUUUUAGUUUAGUAUGGUAACUCAGAACAACAUUUUAAGUGCAAUUGGCUUAGAUGGCGAACAGUAAGAUUGUAGAGAAUGGCUG